UCACUAUUGGAGUUGCGCAUACCGUGCCGUCACCGCUCCCCUUUGCGUACGUGCGCGCUCCAGUCGGUCGCGUGGUGUUCUGCCAUAUUGCUGAUAGUAGUCGUGAGAUUAUAUUAUUAACAAUUUAAAGAGGUACCCCCAGGCUUUUAAAAAUCUACAUCUAGAUAUAUGUUUUAAUUGAAAGCAACCACUCUGCAGCUUAGACUGAAGGAUAUUUGGUCUAGGGGUGGAGUGGAGAAGAAGAAACAAAGCGAUUAGACUGUAAUUUCGGAGUGAAGGACUUCGCCCGAGUUAAUACAACACAGAAGAAUUUUGGGGGUAGAGAGAGAAAAGGGGAAAUGGCCACUCAGGUGGAGACUGUCCUUCCCAGCAACAACCCUUUAAUGCAACAGGAAGGACACGGGCAUACAGGCAACGUAACACACGAGGUGGGCUGUGUGGGCAAGGAGGAGAAGCAGCCGGCCAGAGGCGCGGGGAGCGAAGCGAAGGAGUCUGACCAGCAGGGUGGAUAUGCGAGUAAUAACGAGCCGAGCAAAGGACAGGUGAACGAGGGGAGCGACGAUCCAGAGCAGAGAACCGUGGAGCAAGAAUCGAGCCGGCUCAAGGAGAUGGAGACCCCAGGAGGAGAGGGAGGGGAGAAGGGCAACAAAAAGGAGUUUACCGAGGCCCCCCUUCCCAAGGUGAACCCGUGGACUAAGAAAAUGAAUUCGGUGACCGUGAUCAGUGUGAAUGGACAAGCGCAUCCUGAUCCACCAGCUCCAGCCAAGGUGGUGAAGGCUGGUAACCCAAGACCAAGAAAAGGUAGUAAGGUCAGUGAUUUUGGUGAUGCAAUGAGCUGGCCGACCCCGGGGGAAAUGGUGAAUAAGGAAGUGCAGGCCCCUGUUGGAAAGGUCCAGCCUCCUAAGAAGACUCUGGUGAAGGAGAAGCGAGACAGCGAGGAAAGCAAGGAGAACCAGAAGACCAGGUCUGACGAUUCCGGGGAGGAGAAGAAUGGGGACGAGGACUCCCAGAAAUACGGGUCCAGGAAGAAAGGUAACAAGCAUAGAUGGGUUCCUCUUCCGAUAGAAGUGAAAUCAGAAGGUCCCAAAGAGAGGUCUGCCUCCAGAAACAACACCCGCCAAAACGAACAAUACAGACUCCCCCCAAACAGCAGGAAUGAUUUGAGGGACUGGCACAGUGCCAACAAGUAUGAGCGGGACUGGCGGGACGAUCACGACGAGGUGUCAAGUGUGAAGAGCGAGGGAGCGCCUUUCCGAGGAGGCUACAGGGGUCGGGGGCGUGGCCGAGGGAGAGGGAGGGGCCGAGGCAGGGGGGGCAGCAGAGGUCAUUUUGACUACCAGUACGGCUACAAGAACUAUGAUGGUAAAGAAGGAGGUUCCGGCCAGAAGUUCAACAGCACGGUGACCUAUUACUACGACAACACCAGCAGCUCGGAGAUGUACUCUGUGGACCAGGAGCUGCUCAAGGAUUAUAUCAAGAGACAGAUUGAAUACUACUUCAGCCUGGAUAACCUAGAGAGGGAUUUCUUCCUGCGGAGGAAGAUGGAUUCAGAAGGUUUCAUCCCAAUCCCGCUGAUCGCUGGUUUCCACAGAAUGCAGGCACUGACGACCGAUAUCAAUCUCAUAGUACUGGCCCUGAAGGACAGUAAAGAGGUGGAGAUCAUUGACCUGAAGAUCCGCAGGAGGGAGGACCCAGUGCGGUGGCCUCUGCCUGGCCUCUCUGCCCCUGACAACACCCAGACUGACUUCUCCCAGCUCAUCAACUGCCCAGAGUUUGUGCCCAGGCAGGCCGACAAUCAGACAGAGUCUGCUCCAGGCUCUCCCAGAUUGUUGACUCCCGUGCAGCCCAAGCAUGAAGAUGUGAGUAACCUGAAGACCAUGCCCAAGGGGCUGUCUGCCAGCCUGCCCGACCUCGACUCUGACACCUGGAUUGAAGUGAAGAAGAGGCCCAGGCCUUCACCCUCCAGACCAAAGAUGCCAGGAAUGAUGUUAUGUUUCUUUAAACAGAAGCCGGAGGAGAGUGGCGCUCUGGUUCCGGUGCAGCAGCUGGCGGGUGCAGACGAGCCCGAGGAGCUGGACUUCAUGUUCGACGAGGAGAUGCAGCAGAUGGACGGCCGCAGGAACAACUUCACGGACUGGUCCGACGAGGACUCGGACUGCGAGAUCGACGACCACGACGUCAACAAGAUCCUGAUCGUCACGCAGACCCCCCCCUCCCUGCGCAAGCACCCUGGGGGAGACCGCACCGGCAACCACACCUCCCGCUCCAAGCUCUCCACCGAGCUGGUGAAGGUCAUCAACGACGGGCUCUACUACUACGAGCAGGACCUCUGGGAUGAGUCUUACGAGCCAGAAUACGCAACCAUCAAGCAAGAAGUGGAGAACUUCAAGAAGGUGCAUCUGAUCAGCAGGGAGCAGUUUGAUUGUCUGACCCCCGAGCCCCCCAUGGAUCUGAACCAAGAAGUGCCGCCUGGCCCCCCCCCACCUCAGCAGAUCCCUACAGACGCUUUAGCCAAUAAACUGUUUGGUGCCCCCGAACCCUCUACAAUCGCCCGAUCGUUACCGACAACCGUGCCAGAGUCUCCGAACUACCGCAACGCCAGGACGCCGCGCACCCCCCACACCCCCCGGUUAAAGGACCCCACACAGACACCCCGCUUCUACCCUGUGGUGAAGGAAGGCCGGCCUGUUGAUGCCAAGACCCCACGCAAGAGGAAGACUAGGCACAGCUCCAACCCCCCUAUGGAGUGCCAUGUGGGCUGGGUGAUGGACUCCAGAGAGCACAGGGCAAGGUCCAGGACGGCCUCUGUCAGCUCGAACACCAGUCCUUCUGAAGGCACUCCUGCAAACCUGGGCUGCACCCCUCAGUCUCUUCCCAAGUUCCAGCAUCCCUCUCAUGAGCUGCUCAAGGACAACGGCUUCACACAACACGUGUACCACAAGUACCGCCGGCGCUGUGUCAAUGAACGAAAGCGGCUGGGGAUUGGCCAGUCCCAGGAGAUGAAUACGCUCUUCCGUUUCUGGUCCUUCUUCCUGCGGGAUCACUUCAACAGGAAGAUGUACGAGGAGUUCAGACAGCUGGUGGUGGAGGAUGGGAAAGAGGGAUACAGGUAUGGAUUGGAGUGCCUUUUCAGGUAUUACAGCUACGGACUGGAAAGGAAAUUCAGGCCUGACAUAUUUAAAGAUUUUCAAGAGGAAACCAUCAAGGAUUAUGAAUCUGGACAACUGUAUGGACUUGAAAAGUUUUGGGCGUUCCUGAAAUACUCGAAAACCAAGACCCUGGAAAUUGACCCCAAGCUGCAGGAGUACUUGAGCAAAUUCAAGCGCCUCGAGGAUUUCCGGGUGGAUCCUCCAAUGAAUGAGGAUGGAGGUCGUAGGAGACACUCGUCCAGCGGAGAAGGAAGGAGACGCUACCCGUUGGGCCAGCUGGGGUACAGCCAAGUCCAGGCUUCGCAAGGCCCCUCCAGAGAUGAUGCCAAAAACCUGAACCAGAAACCUGCUGCUGCUUCCCUCGCACCCACCUUGGAGCCUCAAUCCCAGGAGAAGUGACCCGCUGGGGAGGGGGGUGGGAGGGGGCUGGCCUUCAAUCUCAUUUCUUUAUAACCCGGGGCAGGGGGGGGGUCCAGGAUUUUCACGCAAGCAUGAAAAAGACAUUUCCCGUUCGUGAUCAGACGACUCGAUUUGCUCUUCCGGAUGUUCUUUCACAUUCACCAACGUUUUUGUCUCUGAGAGACUUGAAGUGGAGCACUGAAAGAGAAAGUGUUGCAUGCUUGCGAUUCAAUUAUUGUUUGCAAACCCAGCUCUCUCCUCAAUCAGGAUAGUCCGUAAUAUAGAGAUUUUAUUUUGCAGCCUGUUGCAGAUUAGCUGACGUGGGCACUUCUUCCCUCUGGACCCCCUUCCCUUCUUCGACUUCCUUUAUUACCUGGACCGUCAGCAUUUUGGUUUGAGGAGGCUGAUUUAGGAGACGGCUGUUUUGAAAAGGAAAGCUUUGUUUGAUUUGGUUUUGGGGCUGGCAAAGACUUUAUUAAUGACAUUGAAAUCCCUCCCCAUCAGCAGGAUCUUUUGAAAGUUGCCUUAUUUGAACAUGUUCUUGUUUUUUUGUGAUUCAUGUUUCCCCUGCAGCCCUUAAUGUUGAUUUUGAUUUCAUUGCAAUUUAGUCCCGAUUUGAGACCUUCCUGUGCUGGCGCUCAUCUUCCAGGUUUCACCUGUUCUGUUACACAACGAUGGGCUCUUGAACUGAGUGUUGCGGGGAGCACGGAGGACUCUGAAAAGACUGGAAUCACACUCUGAAUACUUGAAGAGCGCCUCACAGUACACCUGCAAAGCUGUUGGUGCUUUUGAAUUGUAUAUCUAUCUAAUGUGCUUCAAACAAUAUCAUGAGAAAAAAGAAAAGGCAUAAAAAUAAAUGCUGCUGCUUCUGCAAUGAAAGUGAAUGGUUAACAAAACAAGUGCAAUGUGUCUUCCAUCACACAGGCACAUCUUUUGAAAUGCAUGUCGUCAAAAUUGUCAUUCUCUUGGUAUUGGCUAUCUGACAAGUAAAUGCUGCCAGUAGACAGACAUGCUGCCUUUGGUUUUAGUCCUUUUCCUAUUGUGAUCAGUGCAUGCCUCCCAUGGCCCUGGGAAACUGCAGUUUAUUCUUAUGUUUUCCUGGUACAACACAACCCUAAUGUUUAUUACAUCACUUUGUUAUCUCAUAUUUUAAUUCCAAUUUAUGGAGAACUCGAUUCAAGUGCCGUUUGGAUUUGUGAUUUUUAUUUUUUUUUCUUUUAAACAAAGUAAUUAUUGGACAAUCCACUCAAGUCGUAAUCAACAGCUGAACAAAAAUGCGUUCAAUAUCGACACUCUGCUUUUAAAGUGCGUUCGAUAUCGAAGCUCUGCUUUUAAAGUGCGUUCGAUAUCGAAGCUCUGCUUUUAAAAUGCGUUCGAUAUCGAAACUCUGCUUUUAAAUUGGGCUGUAUCGAAGCGCUGCUUUUAAAAUGCGUUCGAUAUCGAAGCUCUGCUUUUAGCCCUUUUAUUUCUUGUGUUAUAGGAAAAAAAUAUUCAGUAUUUGUGUAUGUAGUAUAUCUUUUAAACUUACUUUGUUUUCAUCUUCUAAGGUUUUGAUUUCACUGCUGUUUAUUUCUGCUACUCCAUUACAUAGAGGAGGGCUAUUAUUUAAAGUGUGUGGAUUUGAACUAUUGGCUACCCCCGCCCCCUUUUUUUUUUUAAACUUGGGAACAUUUAACAAUUUAGAAGCUAAAAGGGAAGGUGAGGUUGGUGUUUAAAUAGAAUGAGCCCUGUAGAUCUGCAGCAAGUACGGACGUCAUACACAGGAUUGGCAAUGCAGGCAGGUAUGAGUGAAGGGAGAAGGGGAGGAGAAUUCAGAUUGCCCAGGUGUGUUCUGAGCCCAGACUGAGCCUUUCCUCAAAUCCCUGUGUUCGUGCUUCCAUUUCCUCCCUUCAGUUUAUGUGCACACUUUACUAUGUUGAGAGUGCUGUUAGCAGGAGAGUAAUAGCCAUGUUUACAAACCCUGUGGAGGUGCGAGUGCAGAGUGAUUUAAUAAACAGCAUUGACUGCAGAGGGCUGAACCCAGACAGCAUGGUCUUGUUCACCUCUGCACAACCAGCAUGCAUCAAGCUGCUGUCCUGGUGGAAGCACGUAAGAGCGCAAUGAAAUUGUACGUUAUUAUUAUUAUUAUUAUGGGCUGUUUUAGGAAGGGUUCGGUUAAAAGGAGGCUGGUGAGACCCGUAAUUGAUGAGUCGCUUGGAGCCGAUGCUUUGCUCAACACCGCCCAUAAAAAAGAGAUUUCUGAUAAUCAUCCAUACAAUUUGAGAGUACGCUCCAUGGUGGACGCGCUUUGGGACCUCCGAUACACACGAGCUGUGCAUGUGUUUAGCAGGAAGAUCCUGCGUCAUGGAUUCUACCCUGCGUAGUGGCUGACUUGCUUUCUUAACGGAAGCUUGGUUCCUCGCAAGUGGAUUAUUAUUAUUAUUAUUACCAUUCGCUGACACAGCUGAUUCCUAGUUAUUUUGUGUCGCUGAAGCUCUUUCAACCCUGACAUUAGAAAACCAGGCUGUGAUUCAUAACCAGGGAACAAAAAACAACGCAAUUCCAUUAAACCAUAAAAAAAAGCUGUGUAUCAUCCAUAUAAUGUUAAUAGUUCAUUACCAUAACGAUAUUCUAGACUUGUUGGAGUGAAGUUAAAAAAAAAAAAAACACAAAAAAAAAAAAAAAAUGUAAAAUACUUGAAUGAGAUCUUGUAUUAUAACAUUUAAUAUUCCUAAUCUCUGCUUGUAGGCUGAUGUGAUUUGCUGUUACAGUAGUGUUCUUUGUAGUAAUUCUGCUUUUCCUUUAAAUAAAACACAAAAUGUACAAAAAAACCUAAAACAC